CUUUGCCACCCCUCCUAAAUCACCUUAGUUUUUAUAAGGGCAAAGUACGACUGCAGGGCAAAGCAACUCAACUGAGCAAACUGAAGAGAGGAUUUUUCUCUGGUAAAGUUUACAGAUUCGGAAACAAGAAUGUCCCAUACAGGUUUACCCGUGAACUCUUCAACAUUCGUCAUUCAGGUUCAACCACCAACACACACAACACCAGUUGGGGCAGUGACAAAUGCUCCUACGCCUGUUUAUGUCCAACCAGUAGCAGGAGUUUCUCCUCUUCAUGGACUUCAAGCAUUUCUGAAAGGCCAACCAAAAGCCCUUGGGACUGUUCAGAUAAUGAUUGGUCUGUUGAGUUUACUGUUUGGGAUCGUGUUGACACUUCGGGCAGAAUCCAUCUUUGUCUUUAGUGGCAUUCCUUACUGGGGAUCGGCCAUUUAUAUUAUUGCAGGCUCACUCUGCAUUGCUGCUGACAACAAAGUUAAUUCAUUCUACGGUUUGUGUUUGGUGAAAGGUUCACUUGGAAUGAGCAUUUGCAGUGCUAUAACUGCAGGCAUCGCCAUUAUUAUAAUUCCAUUUGAUUUGGCUAUAGGGCCAUUGUACAAUUACUGCGAAAAUUCUGACUGUUAUGAGUUCAAGGAUAAGUAUCAGACCCUCUUCGGGGGAAUCGGUACUGUAUUGCUGAUAUUCGCCUUGCUUGAGUUUAUCAUCUCCAUCUGUCUGUCAGCAUAUGCUUGUAAAGUCUCCUGCUGCUGUUGUCCACAGGUGCCGUAUGUUCCACAAGUUGUACAUCCACUGCCCUGUGAUUUUAGGCCCUGUCAUUACCAUGAUAUUAAUCGUUCAGAGAUACCUGUGGUCACCAACCCUCCUGCAGACAAUCCUCCACAAUACAGUUAAUGUAUAAAUAAAUAAAUAAA